UGUGGAGCAGAAGAAGAGGGAGAGAGGGGAGAGAGAGUGAGCUUAAAAGAGGCUGAAUGACAUUUUAGGCUCUCCACACCCAAAUCUCUGGAAAAUUCCUUCAGUUUUCAGGCUGCUGCAGAGCCGGCCUACGCUGAGAGCGACUUAGGGAGGAAGGAAAACGCUGAAUAUAAGCUGGACACAGUUAAAAAGAAGAAGUAGUAGUAGAAAGAAAGCCAAACGUUAAAUGUUGGAUUCUGUAUUUCAGCUGCAGUUGCAAGUGUUGUGAGAGGAGAUCCAGACUAGAUAACCUUGGAAUUUGGGUUAGGAGGUUAUGUGUUGACCGAGGUGACUUGAAUGCAGCAUUGUGAUAUCUAACAUCGUGGACAGCUUCAAGACAGAAGAGAAACUACCACUGUACCACGACAGAAGAAGAUCCACGUGUUCUGGAAAAACUGACCUAUUUCCUGUUAAGGAGCAUCUAUUACUUUCUUCUCGUCUGUCACCCUGGGGAAGGCAACGCUCCUCCGAUCCCCCCGAUUUCCCCCUUCCUCUUCAUCAUCCUCACCAUCAUCGUCCUCGCCACCGCUGAGGACCAUUUCAGCAUCCCGUCGUGCCCUUACCUCAGGUAUUAGGUGGAAAAGGCUCCACCUCCCUGGAUCGCCCAUCAUGCACAUCAAGACCACCAAGUGUAACCGCUUCUGCCUGGUCGCCUCGGUGACCAACCACGAAGUGUUCAACCGUCCUGAGGCGCAGGCCAAUUUUGAAGCCUUGUUCCGUUCAUUCGACCCAGAGGUACAGUUCCAGUACUUCAAGUCUUUCCGGCGGGUCAGGAUCAGUUUCAGCGAUGCUCUGGCUGCGGCUGAGGCGAGACUCCGACUCCACAAGACUGACUUCAACGGCAAAGAAAUGAGACUCUACUUUGCUCAGUCUGUCCACAUAGGAAGUCCUCGGCUGGAGCCCCCAAAGCCAGAUAAGCAGUUCCUGAUCUCUCCCCCUGCCUCCCCUCCAGUCGGCUGGGAACAGUCUAAGGACGCCACACCAGUCAUCAACUACGACUUGCUGUGUGCUAUCUCAAAGCUAGGACCAGGGGAGAAGUACGAGCUCCACACCGCCACGCCCACCACCCCCAGCGUGGUCGUCCAUGUCUGUGAGGACGAGCACGGCGAGAGCUCGGCCCCCGACGACAGCGACCAAGACGACAAGCCCAGAUCCCCGCGGCCAAAGAUCAUCCAGACGCGCCGCCCUGACUACACGCCCGGAGUCGAGCAGUGAGCGACGACAAGCAGGGGGCGCAGUGUGACGGCUGUAACAUUUCAUCCUGAAGUGAUUGGUCAAGAGCUCAACACGCUCUCAGAGCUUUGAAGAAUGUUUGGGGACUUUGGGAAUGCACCUGAGGGUGCUGCGAUGUCCUGUAGACGAGCAUUUCAUAAGACGGAGAGAGAAAACAUAGUGGCGAAUGCUGCAUUCAUGUCCAGUGGGAAAAGAUAAGAGAUACGAACUUCCUAGUGGGAAAAAAAACUGUUCAGUUUAGCCAUCAAAUGAUAUGUACAUGCUCGUGAAUCUGAGGUUUUGAGUUGGAACUGAAGGAAAUAUUAGUUUUGAAGUGCAGGAAUUAACAUAUACUAAUGUUUUGAUUAUAGUGCUUCAGUACAUUGCAGGAGACAUUGCUGGAUUUUUGGUUUGUGGUGAUAUUUUGCACAAAAAAACGAAACAAAAACUGAAAUGUGCCGUGACUUAAGUUUGUGUGUUUUGUGAGAAGAAGCUGGUCAGGUGCAAAUAAAGUCCUUUUACAAGACUAUUACAGUUAUUUGAAUGUUGGUUAUUCCCACAUGACAUGAAUGCAGCAUCAUUCUGACAAUGUCAUGUUUGCGUUUUCCUCAUGUAGAGUUUGGGACUUAACAAACAGCCUGAGGAGGGAAACGACUUUUGAAUUGAUUUUAUUUUAAACAUAACUUUUUCGACUGUUGAUUUAUGCGAAGGUGCUACAUAUGUGUGUCAGUCAGCUGUAGAGUUUACACGCCGCCGGCAUGUGCUUUUUUUGCAUCUCCUUGGGUUGCGUGCUCAUGUCGCCGCUGCAGCUCCCCAUUACUCUCCACUGCUGUUUGAUGUCACAGCUUCACCUUCGCAGCUGUUUUUGUGGUGGACGUGUGGUCAAGUCAAAGCUUGCCUGACUCACAUUUUACAGGCGAGCCCCUGGUGUGUACUGCUUACAUUAAAACGUUUCAAUACGAGGAGUUUGCACCCACAGUGUUGUUCCUGUAAUGACUUCUAACAGUGUUAUCUGGGGAUUAUUUCAGUUUCGGUACUCUGCCUGUCUGUCUGUGCUUUGUAGUGUAGCUAAGAACUGUUGCUGUUUUGACAUUUAAUGAAGCUAAAUUAUGGCUUUACAAGGCUUUUUAUUUCUGAAUGUAGAACACACAACCAGCCCCUAUUCAUCUGAGGGCUUCAACUACACCAACCAUGGUAUUGUGUCGGUUAAAAAAAAAAACAAAACAGGGCUAACUACUUGGGCUAAAUAGAAUUGUGAAAGAAAAGAAAAUACAACUGAAGCACUGUUAUUCAACCUAUGACUCAGGGCCUUAUACUCUUGCUGGCCUCUUGUGGUGGGUCCUCAUUCGAUAAGAGUGCUUGUAUGUUUUAAGGAGAUUAGCGUGUUGCCUGCUCAUGUACAGGCUCUUAGCUUGUAUUACACUUGUGUGUAGGAAAACAUGCAACUGGAGUGUGUGUGUGUGGAGUGUAUGGGUCUGUUGACAGGUGUGUUUAACUGUUGCUUCCCCGUUAGCAUUGGAUGUUUGAGCCUGCUGCACACGCUGUCGUUAAAACUGCCCUUAUUAGUGUUACAUUAAAGUUCUGACAUGAUGUUGUUACACACCUACUUCUGUCUUUUAUUUGAGAUUUGUAAAACCUAAAACAUUGCAGAGAUUUUAAUUUUUUUUUUUAAUACUUCUGUGUGUGUGUGUGUGUCUGGUGAUAAAUUUGUAUUUGCACUUAGCUUAUCUGCUGUGUUCUGUUGCUUUAUUAGUUUAAUAAGAAAAGUGAGUCCAUUAAUUUUUACAUUUUAUUUGCGUCAGUGUGGGGCCCCAAAGGCUAGUUUAAAGCUAUUUUUUCAGUUAAUGUUGUGCUUCCAUGGUGCAUUUAGCUAAAUACUACAUUUGUGACAAAAGCUUCUGAUGUGGAAAACUGUCUCACAUCACAAAUCAUACGAUUGUUCAUCACUUGACACAGUUGACCUUGUUCACACAGCUCUUUUCUUUCCCUGGCCAGUAUUGUCUGUUGUCUUGGCUUGAAGAAGCUGUAUUUUACUCAUAAUGGAUCAGAUACAAGUAAAAACUGCAAUUAAAAUACAACUUUAAAUGGGUUAACAAUGAAAUGAAAGCUGCUCUUACAGGUAUCAUCAGAUGCAUCCUGUAGAAUGUAAUAAUUAGAUGGUGGGGGGGGGGAAGGUGAUUUAUCACAAUUAUUUGUAGUUCUAAGUUGCUGCAGGCUUUUGUUUUAGUUGUGAAGCCUAAAGAAAUGUCUGUUUUUCUUCUAGAGGAUCUCAUUCAAGCUAGCAUUCAUGGGAGAACGUUGGCUUGUGGAAGCAGCACUGUGAAGCACAUGACUCACUGCCAGCAAGUCAGAAAGCUCAUCUGUCCCACAUUAGAGGACGAGAGGUUGCAUAAGGCUCUGUCAGUUUAGCUACUUUUUUACUACUGGUAUUUUAAGUUCAUUUAUCUUGGGGAAAAAAAAAAAAAAAGUAAUUACCAUGAUUGAGUUACCAUUAAAUAAAGAUUUUACCAUCUCA